AUGGCAAUGACCUACUUCAAACGCUGGUCCACUCUCCCCCCGUCCCCAACCCCCUCUCUCAACGACUCCCUCUCCUCCUCCUCAUCCAGCACCAUCAGCACCCCACCCCUCAGUCCAACAUCCUCCUCCACCACGCGUCUCUUCUCGGCCCUAAAAUCCAGCACCACCUUCCCCCUAUCCAUCCGCAAAGUCUCGUCGCCAUGGCACUCCUCCGCAGUGCAACCCCAAUUACCCUAUCUGGACAACAACGCCAGCCACGCAGGCUCAACCACAUCCCUAUGCACGACCGCGGAUCCCACAGCCACCGCACGAUGCGUGAAACAAAAAAGCAACGACAGCAGUGUGUUGGCGUGGCGACGCGGGACGAGGACGCUGCAGAUGGAGUAUGAGGGUUUGCCGUUGAGGAGGAGGCGCGAGGCGCUGGAGAGGGUUAAUGAGGGGAGGGUUAGGUUGGGGUUGCCGAGGAGGAGUUUGGGGGGGUUGGGGGAGUGA